AUGAAGCCAUGUGAAGAAACACAAUCAAAUAUCUCAAGGAAGAUAGAGUUUCUCAACCACCUCACUCAUCUUUCCUUCCCUCUCACGAUUUCCCUAAACUACACACACAAUUCAGCACAUGUGCAUAUCUUUCAUGAAUCUCGAUUGUCCCACUCAUUUUCCAUCACCUGCGCAUGCCUCUACUUCCGUAUCUUCUCCAAUAAACAGAGAAGAGAUUCAGCAGCUAUUAGAAUUGUCUUCCUCAUCUCAAACCCAGUUCCUUGUACCUUCUCUUUCUCCAAUGGAAAACCAACCCAAAAGCUCCCUGAUCACCACCGAUUCCAGUUGAAGCAAACCCCUGACCAUAAACAGGCCUGUAGACGCAGCUUACCAGUGAAAAAAGAAGCAGCGACUACUUCCAUUUUCCCCUCCUGCCUUCAUUUGUUCGACUAUCAAACAGCUUCCGCACAUCUUUUCCUUGCUCCUCCAUCGACCUCAGAUGAAUACCUGGAGAAACAAGGAAGGAGUCCCAUGCUCACCCCCCAUCUGGUCGGGGACCUACUAUCCCGAUCAAGAAACAAAAUAUCAAUUCGUCGCAUCAGGAAACUCUACAGAAGACGAAGAGCCAAUGGAAGACCCAUUGGAAGAAGAGGAAUAGAAGAAGAAAAAUCUGACACAGAGGAUGAAGAACCCAUGGAGGCCGAAAGGACCCCUACCUCCAGGCCCUCCCCUCCAAGCCCUUACAGGGGUAUUCUAAGAGGUGUUAGAAAAACCCGUCAGACUGCCAGGAAAAGCACCCUCAACCACAAAGGAAUCCAGAAACAUGGUCACGCACUGUCUGAGAGCAUGAGGAAGAACCUAAGAAAUCCAUCCUGGUUGAACGCAUUUGCAGAAGAAAGAAUUUCGGGAGAGAGAAUCACCACCCGAUAUGAAGACGGGCAAGGCUCGGGAGCUAGGGUAUCGGCAAGGGAAAUCAAAGAAGGUGAAAAUAACACAACUCAUCUAGCCUGGAGAGCAGGAAGACUAGAGACUCAGCUGACCCAACAUCAGAAUGCACUAACAGAGAUGCGGGGGUUGCUUGACGCGGAAAUCGCUACUAGGAUGCAGCAAGAUACCCUCAUGGUUGAGGCGGAUCUUCAAGCUCAAGCGACUCUUAUUAGGGUAGGGGUUAGUGAAGAAGAAAUUAUGACCAUAAACGGGAGGCUAGAUGCAAUCGGAGUUCAACUUGCGGAAGUUACCAGGGCAUUAGGGACUUACCUACGACAAGGAUGA